UCCGGGACGCGGUGGUUGGUCACUUGGUGCUUCCCACCGGCGGCGGGAGCUGUGUGGUGGAGCCCCUUUGAAGUUGGGUUCAGAAGUGUAGAAUUGGCAAAGUUGUUGCCAGCUUCCUGCAUCAGCAACAGCAACUUGUGAUUGGCGGUACCGGAUAUUCAGUUGCACAUUCCCACAUCAAUGCACUGCCAAUGGGUUAUAUCCUGUGUUGUGACCUCAUGGUUUAAGUGGGAAUAAAGAUGAGUAUAAGCAGUGAUGAGGUCAACUUCUUGGUAUAUAGAUACUUGCAAGAGUCAGGAUUUUCUCAUUCAGCAUUUACCUUUGGUAUAGAAAGCCAUAUCAGUCAGUCUAAUAUAAAUGGUGCCCUCGUCCCACCUGCUGCAUUGAUUUCUAUCAUCCAGAAAGGCCUACAGUAUGUAGAGGCAGAAGUUAGUAUUAAUGAGGAUGGUACCUUGUUUGAUGGUCGACCAAUAGAGUCUCUGUCCCUGAUAGAUGCCGUAAUGCCUGAUGUAGUGCAAACAAGACAACAAGCUUAUAGAGAUAAGCUUGCACAGCAACAGGCAGCAGCUGCUGCAGCUGCCGCAGCUGCAACUAACCCACAAGGAUCUGCAAAAAAUGGAGAAAACACAGCAAAUGGGGAGGAGAAUGGAGCGCACACUAUAGCAAAUAAUCAUACUGAUAUGAUGGAAGUGGAUGGGGAUGUUGAAAUCCCUCCUAAUAAAGCAGUUGUGUUACGGGGCCAUGAAUCUGAAGUUUUCAUCUGUGCCUGGAACCCUGUUAGUGAUCUCCUGGCAUCAGGGUCUGGAGACUCAACAGCAAGAAUAUGGAAUCUUAGUGAAAACAGUACCAGUGGCUCCACACAAUUAGUACUGAGACAUUGCAUACGAGAAGGAGGGCAAGAUGUUCCGAGCAACAAGGAUGUAACUUCUCUAGAUUGGAACAGUGAAGGCACACUUCUAGCAACUGGUUCAUAUGACGGAUUUGCCAGAAUAUGGACUAAAGAUGGUAAUCUUGCCAGCACCUUAGGACAGCAUAAAGGCCCUAUAUUUGCAUUAAAAUGGAAUAAGAAAGGAAAUUUCAUCCUAAGUGCUGGAGUAGACAAGACAACAAUUAUUUGGGAUGCACAUACUGGUGAAGCCAAGCAGCAGUUUCCUUUUCAUUCAGCACCAGCACUGGAUGUUGAUUGGCAGAGCAACAACACCUUUGCUUCAUGUAGUACGGAUAUGUGCAUUCAUGUCUGUAAAUUAGGACAAGACAGACCUAUUAAAACAUUCCAGGGACAUACGAAUGAAGUAAAUGCUAUCAAAUGGGACCCAACUGGCAAUCUCCUGGCCUCCUGCUCUGAUGACAUGACUUUGAAGAUAUGGAGUAUGAAGCAAGACAAUUGUGUCCAUGAUUUGCAAGCACAUAAUAAAGAGAUUUAUACUAUCAAAUGGAGUCCAACUGGACCAGGGACAAAUAACCCAAAUGCCAACCUUAUGUUAGCAAGUGCAUCCUUCGAUUCUACUGUUAGGUUAUGGGAUGUUGACAGAGGAAUUUGCAUACAUACUUUGACAAAACACCAAGAGCCUGUGUACAGCGUAGCUUUCAGUCCUGAUGGCAGGUAUCUGGCAAGUGGCUCUUUUGACAAAUGUGUACACAUCUGGAACACACAGACAGGUGCUCUAGUUCACAGCUAUAGGGGAACAGGUGGAAUUUUUGAAGUUUGCUGGAAUGCAGCAGGAGACAAAGUUGGAGCCAGUGCAUCAGAUGGUUCAGUUUGUGUAUUAGACCUUCGGAAAUAGCGCUACUAGUUGGAAGCCAUGGACCGACUAUGAAUGUGUACAUAGCCAAAAUGACUGUCCCUGACCCAUGUACUGCUAUAGUCCCACUUGAACCAUGGCCAGUCCACUACAGCCAAACCUAAAGGAAAUAUAUACAUACAGUGUAUAUAAACAAAAUUGCACCCUGAAGAUGACAGUUUUGUCACAGCUUGUGAAUUCUGUUCACCAAGUGCUGGAAUCUAAUCUGCUGUGCCCCUAAAAUAGCAUUUAGAAGUUUUGGAUAUGAAAAACAGAAGAGAGAAAUAUACGUUAUAAAAGCAGACCAUACAUGUACCAGUUUUUGGAUACUAAUGACAGCCUUGUUUCUCCCCUUGAAUCAGCAGACACCAUGGAUUAUAUUCUUUUUUCCCUUCAGUAGUGAGCAGUUUGUAUGUACAGAGAAAAUGGACUUACAAAAACUUGCAGCAGUAGUUUGUUCUUGCUUUUCAAUUUUGUUUUUGGUUUAGAUUAUGGAUGCAUGAAGUAAGGGAGUGAAUCAAUUUCUUGUUUAUAUUUUUUCACCUUUUAAACAACAAAAAAUUCUUAAAAAUAUUUUAAUGCAUUUUUUUGAAAAGGUAGAUGUUUGGUACAUUUUAUGGCUCCCAGAGCAUAUAUUCAAUUGGUGCAUAUUGUGGAAGGGGGAAUUGGAAAUCAAAUGAAAAUAUAUGACUUUGGUCUUGUCAAUCUGUAAGACACAUCAGUAAAAGGGUAUUAUGCUCUGUUUUUGUGGUGAUGUGGCUUAAAUAUAAUAGUUUCUUUUUUUGGGACAAAUUUCUGCCAAUUAAAAACUAGAAGGGCACAAAUUUUUUUUUGAUACCAUAGAGAAGAUACAUUUAAAAAAAUCUUCUGAUGUUUUGUAGCCAUAACUAAAAUAUGGUUAAAAUGUGCACUAUUGUGAAAAGGAGCAAAGUAGUUUUGGGGUUUUUUGUUGUUGUUUUGUUUAUUUGUUUGUUUUGCUUUGGAUUUUAAGAGAUUAAAAUGUUUCUGGAUAAGGA